AUGGAGAAGCCUGUGGUCUUGCGCCUACGCACCAAAGAAGGUCACAGUCGCAUCGAAGUGUCGCCGACGGCCUCUCUCGCGCAAGUCCACGAACGCGUUGCCCGACAGCUUCAGGUUUCUCAAGACAAACUCGAGAUCUUCCUGGACCAGCGCUACCGAGAGCGUUUGCCCGCGAACCCUGAGGUGACCGUUGCGCGGGCCGCGUUGCCGAACGGCGCGAUGCUGUUUGUGAAAUCGGAGGUUUCGGCGACGAUCGCGACCAAGGCCUUGCAGCAGCCAGCGCACAUGACGACUGCCGAUCUGCCUCCCGAGAAGAAAGAAGUCGCAAAAAAUGCUUCUUCCCCCUCUUCUUCAUCGUCUUCGGCGCCUCGCGGCGGCCAGGCGAGCUCGAGCAGCGCGGCUUCGGGAGACAGCGGCGUGGCAGGAGUGAACUUCAAAUCCUUCGACGCGUUUCUUCGCGAGCGAAAAUUCGCAGUCAACGACUUGCCUGGAUGCACCUCAUAUAAGCCGAGACUCCUGGAGGCCGGGCGGAUGAACAGAAUUCCCGCGACGGUGACGCUGAAGCACCAGGUGUACAGACACGUGGACCACCUGGAGAUGAUGAAUGUGGAGGAAGUGAAGAAUUUCGUUCAGUUCUGGCAACAAGAUUUGCAGAUGCUCCAGCAGAGAUUCGGCUACAUGUUCGGUUACUACGUCGAAGACCCCCACUACCCCGACGGCAUUCGCGCCGUUUGCGAGGCGAUCUACGAACCUCCGCAGGAAAACACUUUGACGUCCACGAAUGUGAAGAAGGACGACGAGGAAGUGAAGAUGGCAGAGAAAAUCGCAGAGCGUUUGGGACUGGAGCCGAUCGGGUGUAUCUUCACGCAUGCGCCGAGGGAAGAAUUGCUCACGUCUCAUGAGGUCGUGGAUCUCGCCAAAACGCAACUAGCGCGUCAGUUCUCCACGCACUUCACCGGCUACCCGAUGAGCAAAUACGUGUGCUGCACGGUGUCUCUCGACAAGUCGACGCGAGACGGCGAGGCGGUUCCGAACGCCUUCAUGGUUUCCGACCUGGGCGUCGCUCUCGUUCGAGAUGGUGUCAUUUGCGACAAGCAGCCAGACAACACGCACAUUCAGCUGCGCUCGCCAGAGAAGGGAGAGCUUUUGCCGCAGGUUCUCGAAUCGGGCAGAGAAACGACGCGCUUCGACGCCAGCUGGUUCAUUGUCCGUGUCAACGAGUCUGCUCCCAGGAAGGUUCGGUCCUUCUUCUGCUCCAGCACAUUCCCUCGAGCGAACCGCCUCGUCCAUCAGACCCCGAAAGACAUCACUGAUCACCUGACGCGAGGUGCGGCGUGUGCUGGAUCGGGCCCGCAGGCAAAGAAGGAGAACUGGCGGCGAUUUGCAGAUUUCCAUCUUCUUCUCUACGUCGCAAAACUCUUUGACCUCGACACCGCCUUCAGCAUUUGCGACUGCGUUCGAAGUCGCCAGCCUGUCGACGAGGGCUUAGAAGAUACACUCAAAUCUUUCGGCUAA